AUGGAUCGAUUCACUUCUAACGAAGAAUCUCGUAUUGGAAAACGAGGGUCCUUAUAUAGCAGCCGGUCUGGAUCAAGACUUAACGAUUUCAAUGAGUAUCUCAACGAAUUCCCAGAAGCUGGACCUCUAACUGAAGACGAAGAAUACCAAACACUUAGUAAAAAAGAAUCCUUGACCGAUGAAGUCGGCGACGACUCUUCCCUUUCAUCAAAGAAAAACUCUGGUGACCGCGGACGAGUACGUCUUAUGUCAUUCGACGCAUUGGGAAGCAUCUUUUCAUCGAAUCCUAAAAGAAAACAGACCCUAUCAGGUGGGUCUACAGAAAACGCAGAGAAAAAAGAUAGAGAGGAGGCUUCCAGAGAUCGAAGCAACGAUCGUGACAUAAGUUUGCUAGGUAGUAUAUUCUAA